AGAGAGAGAGAGUGAGAGAAAAUAAGAGAGAGAGAGAGAGAGAGAGAGAGAGAGAGAUGGGUUGCUUUUUUUGCGCCGGCGAGAGAGAGAAUCCGGAAAACAACAAGGAUCAGAUCAAACCUUUCUCCGCAGAAGAGAAGUCCAAAUCAAAUUUCCAACUGAAUGUGAGGAAGCAGAAUUCAUUAGAGCUGAAGAGAGGGCCUUCGAGUAAUGGAUCGGAACGCGCGGUGCAGACGUUUACUUUUCGUGAAUUGGCGGCGGCGACUAGGAAUUUCAGGGCUGAUUGCCUUCUCGGGGAGGGCGGAUUUGGGCGAGUUUACAAAGGCCGCUUAGAAAGCAUAAGCCAGAUUGUCGCCAUAAAACAGCUCGAUCGAAAUGGAUUGCAAGGGAACAGGGAGUUCCUUGUCGAAGUCCUGAUGUUGAGUUUACUCCACCAUCCUAAUCUCGUUAAUCUAAUUGGUUAUUGCGCUGACGGAGAUCAAAGGCUUUUGGUCUACGAGUACAUGCCAUUAGGAUCAUUAGAAGAUCAUCUUCAUGACCCUUCUCCAGAUAAAAAGAGUCUCGACUGGAAUACUAGAAUGCGAAUAGCUGCCGGUGCAGCUAAAGGAUUGGAGUAUCUCCAUGACGAAGCCAAUCCACCCGUCAUAUACCGCGACCUAAAGUGCUCAAAUAUUUUACUCGGAGAGGGAUACCAACCCAAACUCUCAGAUUUUGGUUUGGCGAAGCUCGGCCCUGUUGGGGAUAAUACCCAUGUAUCCACUAGGGUCAUGGGUACAUAUGGCUAUUGUGCGCCAGAGUAUGCUAUGACCGGACAGUUAACCCUAAAGUCCGAUGUUUAUAGCUUUGGGGUCGUUCUGUUGGAGCUUAUCACCGGGAGAAAAGCUAUUGAUAAUUCUAGGGCUGCGGGGGAGCACAAUCUUGUUGCAUGGGGACGGCCUUUAUUCAAAGAUCGAAGAAAGUUUCCUCAAAUGGCUGAUCCGAACCUUCAGGGCCAAUACCCGGUGAGGGGAUUAUACCAAGCCCUGGCCGUCGCAGCCAUGUGCCUUCAAGAGGACCCCGCGCUGAGACCUCUGAUAGUCGAUGUCGUUACAGCACUUACUUAUCUUGCUUCGCAAACUUACAACCCGGAAACUCAACCCACCUCAAACAUGCCCCGUCUCUCGUGGCCGGGUACUCCCCCGCAGGCGAGGAGGGGCGUCGAAAGGAAAAUGAGCGGCGGAUCAGAGAGACAGCGAAGUCGAGUGGAUUAAAUGAGGAUUUUGGAGCAUUGGGGGUUGUAAAAUUUUGGUCUUUUGGCUGUCAAUCUGGUGUCUGGUGAUCAACAUCGGUAUUCAUCUUUGGAAAGACACUUCAAGACUAUUCAGUAGUACUUUCUGUUUCCACUUUUGUAUAUGUUGCUCUGGUCUUUGUAUGUAUGUUGUGUUAAAACUCUGAAUCUAAAUUCAUAUUAUUAUUACUAUAAUUAGUUAUUAUUUAUUUUUUUUUC